AUGUCAACACGUGUGUUUUGUUUAGCACAACGAAAUUUAUCAGCUUCUACACGUUGGGCUCAGAAUGCCAUCACAGUCGCAGGAUUGACAAAUGGCACAGCUGGUUCAUCUUUAUAUAGUCUUCAUGAUAACACAGAAAUAAGCAUGACAAAUGACGAUACUCUCUACAUCGUCGAUUUUUUUAAUACUCGAAUUGUUUUAAUUGGACCUAAUUCAACUACACCUCUAGCUAUUAUUCAAAAUUGA